GGCGGGGCGAUCCUUCUGCGCAGCUGCCAGAGCCUUUAAACCCCCGCUCGCACGGUCGCAGCGUGCUGUCGCCGCCCGGGAGCUGACCGGCCGUCCGCUUCUCGAUCCCCCCACCCCUUUCUGCUCCCCGCGUCCCCGCCCUCGGCGCCUCGCGACCCCGGCUCGCCUCCACUCGGCGCCGCGAUCCCGGGCCAUGCCCCGCUACGAGUUGGCUUUGAUUUUGAAAGCCAUGCGGCGGCCAGAGACAGCUGCUGCUUUGAAACGUACACUAGAAUCCCUGAUGGACCGAGGAGCCAUAGUGAGGAACCUGGAAAACCUUGGUGAGCGCAUACUUCCUUACAAGAUCUUCAGCCAUGGCCAGCAGCACAGCAGAGGCGGGUAUUUCUUGGUGGAUUUUUAUGCCCCAACAAGUGCUGUGGAAAGCAUAUUGGAUCACUUGGCUCGAGACAUUGAUGUGGUUAGACCAAAUGUUGUGAAACAUCCUCUGACCCAGGAAGUAAAAGAAUGUGGUGGCAUAGUCCCAGUCCCACUUGAAGAAAAACUGUAUUCAACAAAGAGGAGGAAGAAGUAAGAAGAUUUUCCGGAUUUCGGCCUUAUAUCGAAUCCUAAGUGCACAUCGGGUACUGAUAGGUUAUUUUCUAGGAUGCCCAUGCCCAUGCCCCUUCUGCUGCAGGAGGUGGGAACUGCUCGCUGAGACCUGCCCUGGCAUCUCCAGUGCCUACAGACCAAUCUUGGUUUCAUUAGCAUUGUGUAAUUGUCAGUAGGGUGUCCACCUUACCGCUGCAGCAUUUGGAGAGAAAAUUGUUUGUUAUUCAUACUUGAAUGUCUUGCAAAACUAAUUUGAAAGCAGAGAGCAGAGUAAUAAACAUGACUUUACCAAUC